AUGUUGUUUAUUGUCCUUUUAUUUAUACAAUCGUUGGGUUUUGUGAUUGGUCCAACGCCGAAUGACCUAACACAUGAAGAAGCCAUAAUGAAUAAAGUCUCUUCAAUUAAAACAAUUAGUAGAAUACACCAAAAAAUUAAUGUAACCAAGUUUUGUUGCUCUGACAAAACUUACACAUACAAAUCAUCAACACCAACACCCAUAUCAUCAGACUUUUAUUUUGAAAAAGGAGUCGUUCUAGAAAAAUUGUUUCUACAAACAUCGAAUGAACAAGAGAGAUUUUACAUCGAUGAUACAAACAUGCCAAACGGACUUUCUGUCAUUUUGGGGUGUACUUCCGGUUGUCGAUCAUUUACUAAUGGCAGUUAUCGUCCAACUUUGGAACCAAUUAACCAAGGAAUUGCCCUCUAUUCUUAUGGAAAUGGGAAAUGGUGGGUUAUAAAACACCUUUACGAACUCUUUUUGUUUGUCAAAGGCACAGAAGCUUCUGACAUCACAUUUGAUUUUAGCAAAACCACUUCACAAAUGCAGUACUAUGUUGAUUCUAUAAGAUAUGCUGCUACUGGAUAUUUUAAUAAGAUUGAAAUGUACAAAAUAGACUCACUUCCCAAUUUGAAUAUAUUACCAGUUUGUAGAGUCAGUGCCACAAUGGCAAGAUACGUUUUGACAACACAGUCUAUUAUAAAACAAGAUUGUACUUGUAAUUCUAUAGACAAUAGUGUCAACAUCAAUUUCCAAACAAAAUUCAAUUAUCCAGAUUGUAACUACAACAGCUCUCUUUUUGAUCUCAAUUUAAAUACGACCAAUAGUGUUAUUAAACAUGAAAAAAGUUACGAUUUUGGACUUUCAAUGUGGAAUUCGUUGAUUCUAUCAGAAAAUGUUUUUUACACUUUUAACUCGACAAAUAAUCAAAUAUUAACAUUUAACGAAUUUAAUAUGUCGAGUGGAUUUUCAGUCUAUUUUGACGUUGAAACUGUCAUCAAGAAAUUAACGAUAACUUCAAAGGGAAAUUACACAUUUAACAAACCAGUCACAAUCGUGACUUUCACUCUCAGUGAUAUUGUAAAAAAUCAAAUUCUCUUCUACAUCAAUUCAAAUAAUAAUGAUAUUCAAACACUUACAGUAUGUGGGAAUCGAGUAAUUCACAUGGAUUAUAUUAACAUUCUUUGUGACUGUGAAUACAACGAAAACAAAACUUUUACUUUUCGAGGUGAAAUUAUGACCGACUGCACAAUAAACCCACGCACUAACUUGAAAUUGAUUGUUGGGCAUAACAAUUAUAUAAUACAAAACAACGAAAACUGGGGAGUUAUUAAUUGUUCUAAUAAAGCGAUGAUAUUAACUACAGGCAACAAUGUACAUCUUAUUUCCAAUUAUUGCUCUUUCACUGAAACUGUCUAUUUGGAAGCAAAUGUUAAUUGUAAAACUUUAUAUGUUUACAAUAAGACCAGAAUUAUAGUUGACAACUUCACUUCAAAUAAUUAUUAUUUGUCAAUUACAACUGUUAAAAUUAUAGAUGAGAUUUCUAAAAUAAAUCAAAAUGGAAUUAUACAAAUAAGAGGCGGCAAACUAUCAUCAUAUUAUUCAAAUCAAAACAUUUCAUUGAUUUUUCCUGUAAGUGGAAGUACAACAAAAUGCGUUGACUUUAUCUCGUCUUCCACACCACUGAAUGAUUUUCCAUUUGAAGUUACUUCAACAAAGAUAUUGUUAGGGAAUAAACUGUAUCGUGUUUGUUAUGGAGGGGACAACAAUUUUGAUUACACAAUUCGAUGCAAUUUAACAGGAAGUGUUUUUUCAAAAUUUCAAAGUUAUCAAGAUGAGGUGUUGCAUUGUCCCGUUAAUAAUAUCAAUACAACCGUCAUAGUGUCAACCAAUGAAGUUGAUUUGAAUGAAUCGUUUUCUGGUACUUUUGAUCAACAAGAAACAGUGACAAAGUUCAAUUUUGAAAUUACAUCAAAUUAUAACUUCAAAGACUCGACAAAAACCGUUUUAUUUGUUCAAGACGAAUCUGUUGAAGGAAACAUUCUUAACAUCCAAACGAAUUUUGAAAAGCUGUUGCUUGGAAAUAAAUACAAGUUUUCAAAUACAAUAAAUUCAAAUAACUUAAAAAAUGGCAAUGAAUACGUUUCAAUAGAGUACAACUCGUCUAAUAAGUGCAAUUCGUUAUUAAUAACUAAUUUGAAUUCAAAGUGCUUGCAUUGUGAUCAGUCAACUGUUUUAGCCAAUGGAAAAUGUCUUGAUUUCAGUGAAAAAUGCGUUUCUCGACAACGGAAUGGAACAACCACAUAUUGUGAAGAGUGUGAAAAUGGGUUUGAACCUUACAAAGAAAAAUGUAAUAAAUGUCCUAAUCACUGUCUCCGAUGUUUCAAGUCGAAUUGUUUGCUUUGCAAAGUAAAUUAUCAAAUCAACUCGUCGUUUGGAUGCUCAGAAGUCGAAAAUAAAGAUACCACAAUAUUGUUCUAUAAUAUAUCACGUGUUUACAAAUGUAAAGAAGGGUAUUAUAAUACAAACAGUGAUUGUACAAGUGUGCUCACAAAAUGUGUAUUUUACGCAGAAGAAACCAAAUGCAAAAUUUGCAAAUCAAAUGAAAUUUUGAAUGCAGAAGAAACUUGUAUGACUUUGAAUGGGGUUAUAACAACAAACAACAAAGUUCCUCUGGUUUGUGAGCAAUCUUAUUAUUUAUUUAACAACACGUGUAAACUGUGUAAUGAGACGUUUGGUAAUUUGUGUCAAAAAUGCACAAUAAACAGUUGUGUAUCUUGUGGAUUAACAGGAGUAGUUAAUACCGAUGGAUUGUGUGAAUCAUUUGGUUCAAGUGAGUGUAUAGAAAGUUAUAACACACAUUGUCGUGGCUGUUCAGACAAAUCCGAUUUUAUCAAAAAUGAUGUUUGCAUUGAAAAUAUCAACAAUUGUGAUGUUACAAAUCUGAAUGGCAAAUGUGUGAAUUGUGUAAAUAGGUUUUAUCUUGACUAUAAUACACAGAUGUGUGUCUCAACACCACAAACAGUGAACGAUUGUGAGACUUUGUAUUUCAAAGGCGAUCGUUGUGUUCGGUGCAAAUCGACGUUUUAUCUCACUGAGAACCACACAUGUUUAAAAUGUUCUGACAAUUGUUUAAGGUGCACUUCCAGUUCAAAUUGCAUAUUAUGCGACAACAAUUUGAUAGUCAAGAAUGGGUUCUGUGUUUCAGGAUCUGAUGUGUCAGACAAUUGCAGCAAAGUGGUGACAGGCACUUCGAUAUGUGCUCUCUGUGUUUCAAAGACGUUUAGAAACGAAGCUGGAAAGUGUGAAAAUUGCUUGGAGAAUUGUUUAGAAUGUCACAGUAUCAAAACGUGUACAUUCUGUGAGUCGAACCACUUUUUACUCACAAAUUCAAGUGCUUGUAUUUCGUACGACAAUUUGACUAAUUGUGAAGAUAAAAGUGUCCGUGGGUGUUUAAAGUGUUCCUCUGGCUAUUUCGUUGAAAAUCAAUUUUGUUCUUCUUGUGACUCCAAAACGACAAAUUGUGAAAAUUGCAAUUCUGUUGGGAAGUGCACGUCGUGUAAAAACGACUUUAUACUUAAUGAAUCAUCUGAAUGUGUAUCAAAGAGUCAAGUGGAUAAAUGCGUUGAAGUCUCGGAUUCAAAAUGCUCAAAAUGUACUUUUUGGCAUGUUCCAGACAACACAAAGACGAAAUGUAUUGCACAAGCCGUAUGGUGGGUCAUUCUUUUAUGUGUUUUGUUUGUUAUGGUCAUCUUUAUUAUUUUCAUUGCAUUGUCCAUCUUCGUUUUCAUUGUAAUUUUGAACCACCGCAAGACAGAAAAGUUACAAGAGAAGUAUUGUUUAUUUGAUAUGAAGAAGACAAACAUCGAAUUUGUCAAAACUGAUAUAGUUGAUAUUGUUGUCAACAAGACGUGUAUCGAGUUUUGUGGAGCGACAGAAGAAACAACUAAAAUACCAGUUGCCACUGAAAGCCGCGAGUUGAUUUGUGUUGGAAAUGUCGGCAAAAAUGUCAUUAAAGUGCAAUUCAGUCUGAAAGAUAAUUGCACAAAAUACUCAAUCCGAACUGAACCCAAAAUCAUGACAAUUCCAAAAGGAAAAGCAAUCGAAUUUGAAGUUUUAUUAACACCGAAUUACUCGUGUAUAAUAGAAGACAAAAUCGUAUUGGUCUCUGCUAAUUUAAAGAAGGGAGAAACUUCCCAACUUUACAUAGAAACAAAGGCGGAGACAGAGAUGUCGACUCGAUUGGACCCAGACGAGUUGAUUGAAGAGAAAAAGUUGGGGGAAGGCUCUUUUGGUGUUAUUUUUAAAGGAGAUUUUAGAGGUAAUGUAGUGGCAAUUAAAAAGAUGAAACAAUUAAAUAACACUAACAACGCACUUACAGAAUUUGAGAAGGAAGUUUCGAUGUUGGACAAGUUCCGAUGUGAUUAUAUAGUCCACUUCUAUGGCGCCGUAUUUGUACCCAACAAGAUCUGUAUGGUCACUGAAUUUGCACAAUUUGGAAGUUUAAAUGACUUGAUAAAACACAAAAAGGCUGAAGAAGUCGAAAAUAAGUUGCGUAUCAAGUUCAUGUAUGACGCAGCAAAAGGGAUAUUGUAUUUACACAACAAUGGAAUAAUGCACAGAGAUAUCAAACCAGACAACAUUCUUGUCUUUUCACUUGAUUUGAACGUAAAAGUAAAUGCCAAAUUGACUGAUUUUGGAAGUAGUAGAAACGUUAAUAUGUUAAUGACUAACAUGACAUUCACUAAAGGCGUUGGUACACCAACUUAUAUGGCACCUGAAAUUUUGAACAAAGAAAAGUAUAAAAAGAGUGCUGACAUUUAUUCAUUUGGAGUAACGUUUUAUGAAACAUUAAAGUGGGGAGAAGCGUAUGACAAAGAGGAAUUCAAAUUUCCCUGGAAAAUAGCCGAGUUUGUGAUUUCGGGAAAAAGACUUGAUAAAGAGGAAAAUAUGAAUGAAAAACAUUUCAAAUUGAUACAAAAUUGUUGGAACCAAAGACCAGAAGAUAGACCACAUAUUGAUGAAGUAAUAAAAAGUGUGGAAACUAUUUAA